UUAAUCAAAUUUACGACAAAAUUAUCGAGGCUGUGUUAUAUUUAUGAUGGAACUAAUCACGGUCCACGUCACACAACAGUUUUACUGUUCUGUGUACACACUACACAGCCUGAUUAUGUUGCCAAAGAUAAGAAAACGAGCGUGAGGUACUUGUUUACCUUUGUGGCAGCACGUGUCAGCGCUAAGCAAUGACAUCUAGACCUCCGGGGAACACUCCUAAGAACGGAUCGAGUCUCCAGCAUGAGGUGAACUACUCGCCAGGCGCAUCGUGACUGUUGCACCGAUGGACGAUGGAGUAGUUUAAACACAUUUUAUUCGAGUUUAGUGGUGCUCGUAGUUGCGACGGUUUUCAGUAUAUUUUGUGUAUCUUGUACCUUGACCAACUCCUGAAGAUUUAAGACAAUGCGAAUGUGCGCGAGGCUAGCGUGAGUUCGACUCGGCAUGGACCUCCGAACAAAUAUCAGAGUCUGAUGUUCAUGGCGACCGGGCAAGUGCAGCUCCAGCCAGGGCGACCACCGCGCGCACUUCGCCCCCCUACCCCCUCCCACUCCCUCGUCGCAACCACUGCGCUAAAGAUGGGCCAUUUCGAUAUAGGCAGGGACCGUAGGAAUUAUUAGGGUUCUGCGACAAACGAGUGACGGAGAUUACGGACUGUUAUCCUACCUGUGGGCUUGGAUAAUGUCCUGUAAAUCUUUGUCGCCGAUGUUAGUUGACAGUUUCUAUAGGAAAGCGUGUUGGGAAUGUGCAGGUGAGACCCUGAACGGUCAGAGACUGAUCGAAUUCCGGCUGGGGGCCGAGGCCGAGUCGGAGCAGGGUGAGGGGCUGGCGGUGGCGUCAGCCGAGCUGCUGGUGCGCGCGGAGACGUCGCCGCGCGCGCGCCGCCUGCGCUACACGCUGUGGGCCUUCACGGUGAGCGGCAACGAGACGGCCGCCAUCAGCGCGCUGGCGGGCGCGGCGCGGCGCGACCCGGCGCGCGGCUGGCAGCGGCUGGACGUGACGGCGGCGGCGCGGCGCUGGGCGGCGGCGGGCGCGCGCGAGCCGCUGCGCCUGCUGCUGGACUGCAGCGGCUGCGGCGGCCGCGUGCGCCUGCGGCUGGGCGGCGGGCAGGCGGCGCGCCCGCUGCUGCGCCUGCGCCUGAAGCCGCCGGCGGUGCGCCGGCGCCGCGCGCUGGACUGCGACGCCGCCGAGCACGGCCGCUGCUGCCGGCAGACCUACUACGUGAGCUUCCGCGCGCUGGGCUGGGACGACUGGAUCGUGGCGCCGGAGGGCUACUACGCCAACUACUGCCGCGGCGCGUGCGCGCCCUUCCUCAACUACCACUCGCAGGUGGUAGAGGCGGCGCGGCUGGAACGCGCCGAGUGCUGCGCGCCCGUGCGCUUCUCUGCGCUGUCGCUCAUCUACUUCGGCGCCGACUCCAACAUCAUCAAGCGCGACCUGCCCGAGAUGGUGGUGGAGGAGUGCGACUGCCCGUAGCGGCGCACCUGUACAUAGCCUGCCGCCCGACGCCGCUCGACGCCGCCCAAAGCUGUCCGCCGCCCGCCGCCACCGCCGCGGCUCGCUUCCGCCGCUCUCGAAUCCGAUUUAAUCCGAAUCGAUUAUAAAUAAUAUUCUCGACUUGUGUAAUAUUUUGUUCCUCGCGUUCGAAAGACUAUAUCCUAAAUCGAAUAAAUAAAUAAAUCUCCGUCUACGUAGGGCCGAGUCGCGUGCGCGCACCGGCGGCGCGCGUCGCCGGGGUGUAGUGUAGCUAGUAUAUGUAAGGCGGGACGAGGACGGAGGACGCGCGCCCCUCGCUGCGCGCUCGCGACGCCGUGUGUAGACGCCCUAAUAAUUUAAUACUACGCCGUUUUCUUUCACCCCGUUUGGUGAUCGCUUGUAAUUAUUGUAAACUGUAUUAUAAUAAUUAUUAUAAUUAUAAUUAUAAUAAAUCAACUUUUUCAUAAUUAUUA